AUGCACAAAAUUAUUCCUCCACCUUCUGUCGCUGUCAUGCUCUCAACUGUACCUGUCUCCGUGGCAACAUCACAACCACUACCUCCGCCUUACUUUGUCUCAAUUCAUCCAGAAACACAUUGUGAAGAUGAUGAAAAGAUGAAGAGUAUGCAGGGUGCAGAGGUUCUAAGUUUGAAGGAUUGCUUUGGAUUGAAACAAGAAGAUAAUGAAGAUGGAAGCAAACUAAGAUCCCCAAACCCUAGAAACCCGAAGACAGAGAUACCGACAGAAAAUGGUGAAUCCGACGAACAACUUCAGAGUGACGCGUGA